CAUUACGCAUUGUCAAGAUAAGUUAGAGUAUUCAUGUUGGAUAAGUACGUGAGCGUCCACAGUACGUGAUUAUUUAGCUUCUACAAUCUGUUUAUUUUGAAGAAGUUUAUGCAUUCCGUAUUCUAAAUUUAUUUUUAAUAGUGUUUAUUUAUUAGUUUUUUAAUAAAUGAUACAGUGAACGUUUAUUUGAUUGUGUGACAUCUACAAAAAUAAACAAUGCCCGAAGUCUACGAAAAUUAUAAGGUUUACACGAAUGUAGCUGAAAACCAGGAGUACUCUUCUCUUGGACAUGUUUCCCGAAUAAAUUUUUAAUAAAUUUAUGGAAUGAAACUGAUUUACAGAUAAUGAAUGACCAAGGUAUGUUUAGUCCAUUUAAUGGAUCCCAAGGAACAAGUGCUGCUUCACCUGUUUCAACUUCCUUAUCAUCACAUAUCACCACAUAUGGUACUGAUUACAUGUUAUUAAAUUCUUUAAAAGAUGCCACAGCGAUUGGAGAACCAUAUCUUACAAUUUUAGAGCAACCAGUUGAAAAAUUUAGAUUUCGAUAUAAAUCAGAAAUGAUAGGAACCCAUGGAAGUUUAGUAGGUUCAAAUACUGGCAAUGGUCGUAAUAAACAUGCACCAAUGGUUCAGUUACACAAUUUCCCUACAAAUGCAAAAAUACGAUGCACAUUAGUUACAUCUAAGGAGGAUUUGAGAAUACCCCAUGCCCACAGAUUGGUGCGUAGAGUAAAUGGAGUUGAUUCUAAUGAUCCUCAUGAUGUCGACGUCACUCCAGAAAAUGGGUUUAUUGCAACAUUUCAUGGGAUGGGAAUUAUACACACUGCAAAAAAACAUGUUAGGGAAGAACUUAUUAAAAAAUUGCGAAAUGAGCAAUUAGAAAAAAAGAAAAGGGAGAAUGGAAUUGAUACUCUCAGUAUUCGGGAAGAAGCACAAAUUAAACAUGAUGCUGAUGACUAUCAAAAAUGUGUGAAUUUAAAUAGUGUUGCAUUAUGUUUUCAAGCAUUCAUUUUAAAUGAAUGUAAUGUUAUGAUACCAAUAACAGAUCGUGUUUAUUCAAAUACUAUUAAUAAUCUCAAGAGUGCAUUAACUGGAGAACUUAAAAUAUGCAGAAUUGACAAAUACACUAGUAGUGUUGAUGGCGGAGAAGAGGUAUUUUUACUUGUAGAAAAAGUGGGAAAAAAAAAUAUAAAAAUAAAAUUUUUUGAGAUAAAUGAUGACAAUAAUGAAAUUUGGAGUGCAUACGGACGUUUCUCAGAAUUGGAUGUACAUCAUCAAUAUGCUAUUGUAUUUCGAACUCCGCCAUAUAAAGAUCGUGAUAUUACGUCACCAAAAGAAGUGUUCAUACAAUUAGAACGACCAUCUGAUGGUGAUUGUUCUGAACCACUAAAAUUUACUUACAAGCCAAGUGAUAGAAUUAUAGGAAGGAAGCGUCAAAGGAUGUCAUAUUCUGGAAGUAGUGAAUUAUCCUAUAUUUUGCCUACUUUUAAUCCUGGAGUAGAAAAUACGUCAGAAAAUUUAAGUACUAAUAGUAGAGAAAUAAGGAAGAUAUUAUCAGAAAGUGCUUCACCAGAGAACAAAAUUUUUGUUGAUAAUAUAGACCUUGAGAAUUAUUUAAAAUUCCUCGGAAGCAGUGAUCAGGACAUGUUAACAUUUGAUGGUCCAUCACCUAAACAAUAUGAAGAUGAUUUAAUGUUUCCUAAAAGUAUCCUUGUUGAAGCUAUGAAAUGUAUAAAAAUGGAUUCCAAAAAUAGUAAAGAAAAUAUACGACAGUUACUUAAAGAUCGUUCCACUUUUGGAGAUUCCCCAUUGCACGCGGCCCUUCGAUACGGUCAACGUGAAAUUGUUAAAUAUAUACUAAUGUUAAUAAGUACCGAUAAGGAUUGCAAGAUGCUUGUUAAUGAACAAAAUGGUUCUGGCAAAACGCCAUUGCAUUGCGCGGUUCUGCAAAAUCAACCGGAAAUUAUAAAAGCGUUACUUACGCUUGGAGCUGAUCCAAAUAGAUCGGAUGAACAUGGGUGUUCUCCAUUACAUAUUGCAGUAAAAAAUCCCCAUACUGCAGCUUGUGUAGAUGCUUUAUUAUCUGAUAAGAAAACUAACAUCGAAACUCAUAAUGAUGUUGGCUGGACACCAUUACAUCUUGCAGCAGAAGCAGGUUCAUAUACUGCAGUAUGUUUACUUGUUCAAGCUGGGGUAAAUGUAAAUAGUACUGAUAUGUCAUAUGGUCGAACUGCAUUACAUAUUGCUGUAGAUGGUGGGCACAAAGAUAUUGUAGAGUAUUUAUUGAAAAAGACAAAUAUUGAUGUAAACAAAAGAAAUUUUAGCGGAAAUACUGCUUUACACACUGCAGUUGUCCAUUCUGGAAUACGAGCAAAAGAAUUAUGUGCACUGUUAAUUAAAUACGGUGCAGAUCCUCACAUUCAGAAUCAUAAUAGAGAAUCAAGUGAUAUGGAGAAAAGGAACAUACAUAUAAAACAAGAAGUUAAUUCUGACAAUGAAAAUACUGAAGAAAUUAAUGGACAAUCAUCAUUUGAUUUGGCCAUGAAUAAACCAGAUAUCUUGCAGCUUCUUAAUGGCCAUAGUGAAGAAGAAUUUUCAAGUGAAAUGUGUUUGGUUUCUACUAAAUUGGAAGUAGAAAAUGAAGAUCCACAAAACCAUUGGUUAAAUAAUGAACAAAAAGAAAAAUUAUCUGUUAUUUUAGAUAAAACGGGAGGAUGGAAAAAAUUUGCACUGCAUUUAAAAUUUGAGUCUUUAUUAAAAACACUUGAACAAAACUCAUUAAGUCCAACUUUAUUUUUAUUAAAUUACAUUGAUGUUCAGGCACCAAUGUCCCUGACUGAUUUGGAAACUGUGUUAAGAGAUAUCGGAGAGAACGAAGCUGCAAAUUACAUUAAUGUAAUCACUCUCGUACAUUGAUAAAAUAAAUUUUCUUAUUCCAUUUGUUCAUAUCAUAUGUCAUAUAUAGGAUGUACAACGAAAAAAUGUGUAAAAUAUGUCAUUAUUUUUUAAUUUUACAAUUUACAAUUUUUAAGUUUUAGAAAUCAUAAAUGUAUAUGCUCUGUACAAAUACUUAAUCCUC